GCUCUCAUCCAGUAGUCCCCCUCCCAGGGGACACAGAGCUGAUUCGACGCUCCGACAAGAUGGCUCCCACAUUGCUGCUUCUCAGCCUUGCAGCUAUUUGCGCAACUGUAACACCUGCAAAAGUUUGUGGCCGGCCUCGUAUCUCUGACGGAGUUGAUGUUUCUUCCCUGAAACGUGUGUUUGAGAUUGGAGAGGAUGUGACCCUCUCAUGCGAGCAGGGCUAUCUGCCUUCCACGGCAACACCUCCCAGAAUAACCUGCACAGCUACGGGAGAAUGGACACCGGCAAACCUGGCAUGUUCCCCUAAGAUGUGCCCGAUACCCAGGCCAUUGCAGCCAUUUGCAAAAGGGAGGGUAGAAGCUCCUUUUAAAAGUGUGCUUAACUUUUCAUGUGAUGAUGGGUACGUCAUGAUAGGGGCUAAUGAAAGCAAGUGUUUACAUGAUGGCACCUGGAGUAAUCCACCUCCUCUCUGCAAAGGCGUGAACUGUCCACUACCCAAGCCACCGAGAGAGGGCAGAAUAGUCCAUGAUAAGCCAGUAGCAGGAACUGCAACUAUUUAUGGACAAGGCUGGACAUAUGAGUGCAAUCCACCCAAAGCACCAACUUAUGAGAGAGGGUCCUGCAUGGCUGAUGGUAGUGCAACUGAACCGCCAGUUUGUCGAGAUGUGAGCUGCCCCAUUCCAACAAACGUACCAAACGGGGUCAUCACAUUUGCUGUGAUGAGGCAACACGGGUACAAGGAGAAGGUUAAGUAUUCCUGCAAUGAGCAUUAUACUCUGGAGGGUGAGGCUGAAAUACAGUGCCAAAACACAGGAAACUGGUCAUCAAAGCCAGUCUGCAGGGCUCCCUGUACAGUUGGCAUCAAAAGAGGCCGCAUCUUCUAUAACGGCAGAAAGCUCUGGAUUGAAGACCUGAAGCCAAACAGAGUGCUCCAUAAAGAAAUAGUUGUCUUCUAUUGCAAGAACAAAGCUGAGAAGUGUGGCUACACUGUGGCCAGCACCUGUAACGAUGGAAACCUCCCCAUCCCCGACUGCUUUGAGGAACCAGGCAGAAUAGAGUACAACCUAAAGUCUAAAAACCUUGCAUCAGAAAUCAGAAUGUGUGCGGCACCACCCACUGCAAGCCCAACAAGCCCACCGAGACCUGCGUGACAGAUUCAAAGAGCCAAUAGCUGCGAAACGGGCUGAAUCAUUUUCUUAAUGACCCUUGGUUUUGUUAAUUUAGACUGGCAACAAAUAAAUGGAAGAUGAUUAAAGCAAGCCAAGAAAAUGUGUGUUAAUAAAAUGUUGACAGAGAUGAGUUAUGAAAGCUGUGAAAUUCUAAUGUGCGAUCAUUUUAAUCCAGUAAUGCCAACUCACAUGCCAGUGCCAUCUCGAGGUCCAGUUCAUUUCUGAUUCUUCAGAAAUGUACGAUAAAUCAAACGCAUACCAAGAAAAUUCAAUCAUCAUGAUAGAACAGGUCCAAUGCAAUUUAAUUGAUAUGAGACAGUGUAAAUCAGAUUAAAAUAUGAAUUUGUCAAAGGUUGUCGGUGUAAGGAAUGUGAUGACAGUGAGAAAGGGAUGACUUUUAUCAUGUAGAGGAUUCCAGCAGACAUACACUAAAAUAAUAAAAAAAAAAUGUCCAAAUUCCAUCUAUGGUUUUGAUUUUUUUUUUAAGAAAAAUUAAAAAAAAAUUGGUAAAUUGUUCUAAGCAAAAAGUCUAAGCAAUUGAGAAUAAGUAAAUCUGCUUUAUGACUAGUAUAAAUAAACAGGUGUCGCUUAGGCUUUACAAAACUGGAUAAAAGGAAGGCUGCUGUAGUAUUAUGUGGGAGUAAACGAUUCCAUAAAAAACAUGAAGGCCAAGUGUCUCAGGUUUUCGCAGAAAGAGGUUCAUGAUGAAGAUCUAAGCUUCUUAGAUUGUACCAUUUCCAAUUAACGGUGUUUCUCCUGGUUUUCACCUCCACAGUAUGUCACUUUUGCCUUUCUGUGCUAAAAAUUCUGACAUCUACAGAUGGCAGCAGAAGUCCCUCGUGGCAUACUCAAGAAUAAUGGCUGGCAAGACAAUUCUACAAACCUCUAAACAUCGUCUAAGAAAUGAAUUUGAGCAUUGUGACAACGGCAACAUUACACACGUUUCCUAAGAAGAUUAAGCAUUUCAUUAUCAAACUAGGUGUGUUAUUUUCUGUCUUAAUUCUCAUAUUACUAAUAGUAUCUGAUUGAGAACUUGAGAAUGAAAUAUCUCUUUAUGAGAGUACAAUUCCCUUUAUAAUAUGUGUGCUCAGUAACAUGAUGCUGUUGUGGGUGGAAAAGAGUUCAUAUUUAUCUAAAGAAAAUAAAAAUACAGUUAAAUUCAUCUGAGAUGGUCCAUACUUGAUCCAAAUAAAGACCUGAUAAAAACA